AUGGAAGACGGCACUCAACUACAGGGACCCGAUCUGUUGGGGAGUGUUAUGGCGCAAUGUGAAAUCCAUCAAAUUGAUCGUGCCAAUUUAGAUGGGAUUAUUAUUUCGAAUAUUGUUGAGUUGCAAGAACUAGAUCGCUUUUGGGUUUUAACAAAUCAAUCCCGUGAUCGAUUGCGGGAGUCCUUGAGUUUUCCUGUUGUUCUCUUCUUGAACUCAAUUUCUCUUGAGAAGAUGGUCCGUUUAGCUAAUGACUUACACAGUUGGAGUACGUCUAAGCGUUUUCAUGUAACCCUCGAGAACCACCAACAAGAUUUGAGAGAUGAAAUAUUUGGCUGCGACGGAAAAAAUGGUUUUUUUGAUCGUUUGAUGGUCAAUGAGAAAGCAGUUUUAGCAUUGGAAUUGCCUACCACUUCUUCACAAAGGCAAGAGUUUGUGUUGGCGUAUGAAUCUCUCAAAAAAUCUCCAAAUGCCUGCGUUUGGGAAGAUGAAUUGAUGUUCGCUAGCGUGAUAAUUUCGCUUAUUGAAGGGCGCAUUGUUUUAAAUAGAGGAGACUUUAAAAAAGCUGCCGAAUGGUUUGAGAAAGCUGAGGCUGAGAUACGUCAACUAUUGACGCAGAAGGAUGUGGUAGAGGGUGAUUUUGAACUGGGCUGGAUUAAACUGUAUCAGGGAAUUACUGCUCUUGGUCAACUUGAUAAAUCACCGUGGCCAACAGAAAAAUUUGGAGAGAUCUGGGGAUUUUUUGAGGAGGCAAAGCGUCUUUGCUCGAAUGGUUUUUCUCGCUCUUGUCUUACAUCAAAACAGAGCUUGUCGGAUUUGAACUUUAUUAAGUUGUUGGCUUUGAGGCAGGAGGCACUCCAAGCACAG